CCUGCGUUCCCUAAAACCUUCAGCAAAGCAAUAUUAACACCUGAACAAACAGAUUGCAUUUCUAGAAGCUCCCCUCUUAGUCCCCAGUCAUCUCUGGACAGUGAAUUGAGCACUCCAGAAUUAGAAGAUGAUUCCAUUUCCAUGGGGUAUAAACUACAAGACCUCACAGAUGUCCAGAUCAUGGCUCGGUUACAAGAAGAAAGCCUGAGGCAAGACUAUGCUUCAACUUCAACAUCAGUGUCAAGAAACAGUUCCAGUGUAUCUCUUCCUUUGAUCAAAAAAGGGACCAGUGGUGAUCAGGAAUUUGAUCGUUAUAGCCUUGAAGAUGAGGAAGAAGAAUUUGACCACUUGCCCCCUCCACAGCCUCGGCUCACACGUUGCUCUCCUUUCCAAAAAGGAAUUCCCCAUUCCCAAACUUUCUCCAAUAUACGGGACUGUAGGAGGAGCCCAAUUUCCCCAUAUUUUCCCUACAGUAAUAACAAUCAACAGCAGCCAUUUUGUUCUCCUCAACCCCCAAAUCUUCUGGAGUCUCAAUCAACCAGAAUUAAUGGAGACAAACUCCGAAGAAGCAUGCCUAAUUUAGCUCGAAUGCCAAGUACCCUUACUGUCAAUACAAACAACAGCCCUGCCGGUUCUGUGAGGAACAGCCUAAGUUUUGAUUCUAACUUGCAUGGAGCCAGUAACGGGGUAUCCAGAAUGCAGUCUUGCAUUCCUUCACCAGGGCAACUUCAACACAGAGUCCACAGUGUGGGACACUUUCCAAUAUCUGCUAGGCAGCCCCUCAAAGCUAUGGCCUAUGUGAGUCCAACAGUUCAAGGAAGCAAUAGUGGCAGUGGCCUUGCAUUGUCCAGCAGCAGCAGCAGCAGCAGCAGCAGCUUGCAGAUGCACUCCAACACAGGCAUCCCAAUGCCAAACAAGACUGCAAACACAAGCAUUGUAACACGUAGUAGUCUUCCUAGGCCUUCCCUGGCCAUAGGUGGAAGCAGUAUACCUAGGAGCAAAAUUGCACAGCCAAUUCGAAGUUUUCUCCAGCCACCAAAACCUCUUUCUUCAUUUACUACUCUACGGGAUGGGAACUGGAGAGAUGGCUGUUAUUGA